AUGUUCAAUAGCUUUGUAAUUUUAAUUUUUUUUUUUUUUUUCUUUUCUUUUAAAUUAAGUCAAAUGCUAAAAAUAGAAAAUAGAUCAAUUAAAAAUGAGAAUAGUAGAUUCGUUCAAAUAGAUAGAGAUAUGAAUGAGCCACCAUAUUCUAUAAUUAAUGUAUAUUACACUGAAUCUCUUUUAGAUGAAGAUUUAGUAAAUGAAAUAGAAAAUAAUAGAAGAAUGGAGAAAGAUAAAAUUCGAAAUUAUUUUAGGAAGAAUUUGAUUUCAAACAAAUAUUUUAUGGAAUAUUCAAAAAAACAAAAAGAACAAAUGGAAUCACUAAUUGGUAACUUAUAA